CCCAAGAUGGCGGCGGUGUGCGCCUCACGCUGGCUGGCGGCGGCGGCCGCGGUCGCCGGGAGCAGCCGGGUGGGCGGCGGCGAGGCGCGGCGGCGGCUGCUGGCCCUGCGCCUGGCUCGGUGGUUGAGCGCGGGCCCCGCCGGCCCCCUCGCGCCUCGACCGGCCCUGGUGCCGCGGCUCGGAAGCAGCUCCGGAGUUCGGCAUCGUCCUCUGGUCUGGGCCGCCUCAUUCCACACCAGCUCCUUCACCUGCGCCAAAGAGGAUUUUUACCAGAUUUUGGGAGUGCCGCGAACAGCCAGCCAGAAGGAGAUCAAGAAGGCUUAUUACCAGCUUGCCAAGAAGUAUCACCCUGACACAAAUAAAGAGGACCCUAAAGCAAAGGAGAAGUUCUCCCAGCUGGCUGAAGCUUACGAGGUCUUAGGGGAUGAAUUCAAGCGGAAACAGUAUGAUACGUACGGCGCAGCUGGCUUUGAUGCGGGCUCGGCGGGCUCUGGGCAGCAGUACUGGCGCGGAGGCCCUUCUGUGGAUCCAGAGGAGCUCUUCAGGAAGAUCUUUGGGGAGUUUUCAGGGUCCCCAUUUGGAGACUUUCACACUGUCUUUGACCAACCACAGGAGUACAUCAUGGAGCUGACGUUCAAUCAGGCUGCAAAGGGGGUUAACAAGGAGAUUGUGGUGAACAUCAAUGACGCCUGCCAGCGGUGUGAUGGCAAAGGGCAUGAGCCAGGCACCAAAGUGCAGCACUGUCACUACUGCAAUGGCACCGGCAUGGAGACGAUCAACACGGGCCCCUUCGUCAUGCGUUCUACGUGUCGGCGAUGCGGUGGACGUGGCUCUGUCAUGACAACCCCUUGCAGCUUAUGCCGCGGCUCCGGCCAGACCAAACAGAAGAAAUCGGUGAUGGUCCCAGUUCCAGCAGGUGUGGAGGACGGACAGACUGUUCGGAUGCCUGUAGGAAAGAGAGAAAUUUUCAUUACCUUCAGGGUUCAGAAAAGCUCCGUGUUCCGGAGAGAAGGCGCAGAUAUCCACUCGGACCUCCACAUCUCAAUAGCACAAGCGGUCCUCGGAGGUACAGCCAGGGCUCCGGGUCUGUACGAGACCAUCAGUAUCGCGAUACCCGCCGGCAUUCAGGUUGACCAGAAGAUUCGGAUGAGCGGGAAAGGCAUCCCCAGGGUUAACAGCUACGGCUACGGCGACCACUACAUCCACAUCAAGAUCAGAGUUCCCAAGAGGUUGACAGACCGCCAGCGAGUCCUGAUGUUGAGCUACGCCGAGGAUGAAGCUGAGGUGGAAGGGACCGUGAAUGGCGUGGCCAACACAACGGCCGGUGGCGGCAGGGGCACGACUAGAGCGGGGGCAGGCGAGGAGAGGCCUGAGGCGGGGGACGGCACGGAGGGAUUCCUAGCUAAACUUAAGAGGAUGUUUAGCUCCUGACUAACCCCACCAGAGGGAAACGUUCUGCUGGAAACUAGACACUGUGACAGCAGUAUCCUAUGUGGAGGUGAAGGGACCCCUGGAGCCUGGCAAGAAUCCUCGGCAGACACACCGUAAGCUUGGUGCGCUGGAGGAGGAGGAGGAGGAGGAGGACAGCACCCACCUCAGCAAGGGGACAUUGCAGCAGGGCCGGCUCUGCAGUGUCAUGAAGGGCUCUUGGGCUUCCUGAGGAGACCUUCCCCCCCCUCCUCCUUUGGACAGAUGCAGACUGCUGAGGGUGGGCAUCUUACCUGCAAAAGUAUAAGUGUACAAUGAACUUCAGGUGAAAUCCUGCUGUCCCGAGGUUUUGACAAGCCCCCCAGAGAGUUCCCAGGCUCCCCAGCCUCCACAACGAGAGGCUUCGGCAAGCACCAGCCCCUGCGGUCUUUGCGACAAGCUCUUCCCCAGGCCAGGAUGCUUUUGGCUCCAGAGCCCCCUCGCCCCGCCAGAGGUGCCUCUCUCGGCUGCAGGUGCACAAGAGCUGGUGGAUCCCUCUAUUGGGAGUCUGCAGGGGGGCCGGAUGGGGGGAGCACAGGUUUCCUCUGGGCCCCACAGCUGUGGUUAAAAUGCUCGUCUGCACUAGCUGCUGCCUUUGCUCCAGAGUGGUGAAGUGAGGCCUGCUGGGGGUGGCUUCACACAGAUGUUUUGUGCAAAAAUGAUGCUUGUGUGGGAAAAGAGCCCUUGCAUGUACAGGGCCACAUCUGGCGAGUGCACGCGUGUCUCUUGCCCUGUUGCCCACAUUCAGAAGUCACGGCCUGUAGAAUCUACUGGAGGUACAUGCAGUCAAACAGGCGCGCGUGUCCUCGUCACGUGUGGCAGUCAUGGAAGUGAGGCCAUUACGGGAAACCGUUCUGGGCAUGAAGCAUCCUUUAGUACCGUGCUGCACUCCUGGCCUGAGAGGACCAUUGCCAGGGAAAGUGAGAGCAGAAAGCAGGCAAGCAGGCUCUGGAGAAAUGUUUCUGGGGCUGAGCAGUUGAACCAGCAGGCACCCAGGACUGCCAGGAGCUUACUGGGAACGUAGGUGGCUGCUGCUUCUAGCUGCCUUUCGCCGGCCACUUGACGACCACUGCGCUCCCCACCUCCCAAGUGAAAGUGACCAGGACUACAGCACUGUUUCCUCCUGUAACGUCCUAACAAGCAGCAUGUGUAAGUCUCUUCUGGAGUCAUUUGGCCUGUAAGGGGAUUCCAUACCAAUGUAAAUACCAAAUCUGCUCAAUAAAGAUAUUUAGAAUCCA